CGACAGCGACUUCGCUGAGGGCGGCCCGGAGCGGCGGCCCGGGCCCGGCCCCGCCUGCCCCCGCGACUGCGGCUGCACCCAGGAGGGCGUCGUGGACUGCGGUGGCAUCGACCUCAAGGAGUUCCCGCUGUUGCUGCCCGAGCUGACCAACCACCUCUCCCUGCAGAAUAACCAAAUAGAAGAAAUCUUUCCAGAAGAGCUUGCUCGUCUUUAUAGACUGGAAACUCUCAAUUUGCAAAACAACAGGCUGACUUCAAAAGGGUUGCCAGAGGAAGCAUUUGAGCAUCUGGAGAACCUGAAUUACCUGUACCUGGCAAACAAUAAGCUAACAGUGGCUCCGAAAUUCCUACCAAAUACCUUGAUCAGUGCAGAUUUUGCAGCCAAUUAUCUCACUAAGAUAUAUGGGCUCACAUUUGGACAGAAACCAAACUUGAGAUCUGUGUAUCUUCAUAACAACAAACUUUCAGAUGCUGGAUUACCUGAUAACAUGUUCAAUGGCUCUAAUAAUGUGGAGAUACUCAUCAUGUCCAGCAAUUUCUUGAAGUAUGUUCCAAAGAAUCUCCCUCCAGCACUAUAUAAAUUACACUUACAGAGCAACAGGCUGGAGAAGAUUCCCAAAGGAGCCUUCAGUGAACUUGCCGGUCUGCGGGAGCUGUAUUUGCAGAAUAACUACUUGUCUAAUGAGGGAAUGGACAACGAAACUUUCUGGAAAUUGUCUAGUCUUGAAUAUCUGGAUUUGUCCAGCAAUAACCUCUCACAAAUCCCAAGUGGUUUACCUCGAAACAUCGUCCUCCUCCACCUGGAGAAGAAUGCAAUUAAGGUGAUUGACAGAGAUGUCUUGACCCAAAUUAAGAACCUAGAGUACCUUCUGCUCCACAAUAACAAAUUAAAAGCCCGAGGUAUUCACCCCUUAGCCUUCCAUGGCCUGAAGAAGCUGCACACUGUCCACCUGUACAACAACAUGCUGGAAAGGAUCCCCAGUGGGCUGCCCCGGCGAGUGAAGACACUUAUGAUCCUUCAUAACCAGAUCUCAGAGAUUAACAGGAAUGACUUUGCUACCACUUACUUCCUUGAAGAGCUGAACCUGAGCUACAACAAACUCACAAGUCCCCAGAUCCAUCGGGAGGCCUUUCGUAAACUGCGGCAACUGAAGUCCCUGGAUCUUUCUGGAAACAAUCUCCACACGGUGCCUUUUGGCUUUCCAAAGAACUUGCAAGUACUGAAGCUGAAGGAGAAUGAGAUAAGCAUCAUCCCAAAAGGGACUUUGUCUGGGAUGACAAAACUGAGGGAACUGUAUUUGAGCAACAAUAAACUGAAAGUAAAUUCAAUUUAUUCAAGAGCAUGGAGAGAACUCAGCAGUCUUCAGUCACUAGACAUGGCUGGCAACCAACUGACAUCUAUCCCAUUAGGCCUGCCAGAAUCUCUGGAGUAUCUGUAUCUCCAGAACAACAAGAUCACAACGGUUUCAGAGAAUACUUUUGAAUCCACACCCAAUAUAAAGGGGAUUUACCUCAGGUUUAAUAAGAUUGCAGUUGGAGCACUGAAAGAAAGUAUCUUCCAAAACCUGAAGCACUUACAAGUACUGGAUAUUGAGGGGAACCUUGAAUUCAGCAACAGUUCAAAGAAUAAGGAUGACUCUGAAGAGGAAAUGGAAGAUGAGGAAGAGGAAGAGGAAGAGGAAGAAGAACGGAGAUAAAAUGUGAACUCAUACAAUCCCAUCAUGUGGGAGGAAAACAUAAGGAAAAAUACAUAUAUGUCUAUGUGUAUAUAUCUAUAUAGAUAUACAGAGAACACUUAGCAAAACGUGCAAUGAAUUACGCAGAAACUGUCAUGGCACUGGGCCAGGCUCAUGGAAGACAGUGUGUUUCAGUGCCUUAUUCAGGGAGAGACCCUGAAUGCCUUUCCAAAGCUUCCAAAUCAUCUUAUACAAGACCCAGGAUCAUAAGGGAUUGCUCUGGAACUCACAAAAGCUGGCUUUUGUUUCUUCUGUUUCUCUUCCCUCACUGUUUCCAUCUGUAAUAACAAUAUGGGACUGUUUUGAACACAGGCCUUCAAAUGCCAUUUUUGUCAGUGCAUUUUAAGUGAACCAUGUUUAUGCCUCUUUUCUUUUCCUCCACCCAAAAGAAGCUGUUGUUGGCCAGGGUAGAUGGAUAUUUGCAGUAGUUUCAUGUGCAGAGCAGUGUAUGAGGCAUUUUGGUCAUCAAGCAGCAGUAAUAAUUCUGGAUGCAAUUAUUUCUCUGUUAUAACAAUGUGUAUAUUUGGAUGAGAAAAACAAAAUAAGGCUGGAUCCCGUAAUAUUUUAUCUCUACUGCCAAGACCUGCAGUAUAUUCCUGUUUUAGAAAAGUUUUAAGAUAAAACAAUUGCUCUUGUGAAUAUAUAUAUAUAUAUAUAUAUAUAAAAUUUGUAUGUCUGCCUUCCAGAGCUUUGGUAAAGUUUCUGUCUUGCUGUUGUUUGCCCUUGGGGCAGUUGGGUGAAUGUCUCCGAAGGUGUGAUCAGAGGAUGGAGUGACAGGAUAAAGUUUAAUGUAUAUGGUAGAAUUUUCCACAGUGUAUCUCAUUCACAGUGAGAGGCAGGAGUGAGACUAAUGAUGCAGAAGAGAUUAGUGAUUGUGGGCUGUCUUAGGAGAAAACCAUUAAGUGUCAAAAGAAAUUUGUUUAGUUCAAGUCUGGAGACAGUGCUUGUUGUUAUACUCUCUUAAAGCCUCCCCUAUUUUAUGAUGUUGAGUGAUCUCAGCUCCUGUUGGAAUCAUAGAAAAUAAAGAAACCAUGGAAAAGAAGACCUACAGAGG